AUUGCUUUGUUCAUGCGACGAAGUUUAGAUAUAGACUUAACAUUUUUUAUUUAGAUCUAGGUCGCGUUCCUAAUAAAUUAUGAUAAUUAUUAUAUUACCUAAGUCUCAACAUGUAGGCCUAUAAAUAUUUUAUUGCAUGAUGAGAGAUGCAACCUUUACUUGUGGGGAUCUAAGUAAUGGAAUUGAAAUUGUUCCCAUUGUUGGGCCACUGUGUGAAGAUACAAUUGGUUUCAGUUACAUAAAAACUAACAUACCUGGUCCUGGUGUGAACCUACAAGAUUUUGAAGAACAAUAUGCAGGUUGUAGUUGUAAAGGUAUUUGUAACCCAGUCUCCUGUCAGUGUCUUCAAUACUUUGGCAUGGCAUAUGAUUCAUCAGGGAAACUAAAAUCUAAGACUAUCAAAUAUUCUAAGCCUGUUUUGGAAUGUGGUAACCAUUGCCAGUGUGAUUCUAAACUCUGUGUGAACCGUGUUGUGCAGCAUGGCAUAACCAAAAAGUUAGAGGUAUUUCACACAGAAUCCAAAGGUUACGGCUUGAGGUUAAGGAAUUGUUUACAAGAAAAUAUAAUUUGUCAUAGUUUUGUCUGUGAAUAUGCUGGUGAAGUAGUUGGUGAAAAUGAAGCAAGGAGUCGAAUGCAGAAGACAGAAACAACUGGGUCAGAUAACUAUCUUAUUGUUUUAAAAGAAUUUGUUUCAAAUAAAACUUUGUUCACAUACAUUGAUCCUCAUAAAAUUGGAAAUAUUGCUAGAUUUAUCAACCAUUCCUGUGACCCCAAUUUGAUAAUGGUACCUGUUCGUGUCAAUCAUUCUAUACCAAGACUUGCGUUAUUUGCAUGCAGAGAUAUUACACUGAAUGAAGAGUUGACAUUUAACUAUAGUGGAAUAACAUUAACAUCAAAGACUUUAAUCACACACGAUGCUGAAGUAAACCCUUGUGAUGAAAGAAGUAUUUCUAAACAAAUAAAAGAACAGAGCUGUUUUUUAGAAAAGAAGCAACGUAAACAAUGUCAUUGUGGGAGCAACAAUUGUUCUGGUUUUUUACCCUUUGAAGAACAACUUUUAUGUGUAUGAAUUUGUAUUUGUGAAUAAAAAAAACUCAAUGGUUCUCCUUUUUUUAUGAAAAUGUAAUAUUAAAAUAAAAAAUUGUAACAGAAAAUAUUCUGACUGUAACUUUAAAACUGCAUCAUGUGUUCUGUUAAGUUUCAUUAAGAGAGUAAGAACCAGUAUUACUAUUAGAGCUGCAAAAGUAAACUGAUAGCUUCAUCAAACUGAAACAUUUUUCUUCUACAGCACCAGAUCUAUAACCAUAAUGCCACAGUUAACUUUUUUUGCCACUUCACUUUACUAAGCCAAACCAUUUUACCU